CUAGCUUCAGAAACAGAGCCAGUGUGCGUGUUCAUCCGUUGUGCAACAUGGCCAAUGGCUGAACCAGAGACAGAUGUCGUGACCGUGGCGUUGGAGGUCUCGGAGAAUGCGAAGUUGCAACUUUGGGAUCGCCUUCCACACCACUCAGAGCACUUCUGCGACGUCUCGCUGAGAAGUACCGAUGGGCAGGUCUUUAAGGCUCAUCGAUUGGUGCUUUCCAUGGCGAGUGAUCCUCUCUUUGCCAUGCUCAGUGGUAGCUUCGCAGAGGGGCAGCAGUCGGAGGUGCCCUUCGAGUCUUCAGGGGAGGCAUUGAGCGCCUUCUUGGAGUUCCUCUACAAGGGGACCUUCUCAGUCAAGAAGGCGAUUCUGCCGGAAUUGCUGCGCUUGGUCCAUCAAUGGGAGGUGCAGCCCCUCCAAUCCGCACUCAACGAGCUGCUGGUGAAGCACAUGACGCCAGAGCUUUGUUCUUCCCUGAUCGUGGACUGCGAGGUCCUUUUGGUGGACCAGUUGGAUGAAAUGCUGGAGCGUUACGUCUUGCAGAACUUCAGCGCUUGCGUGAAGACCGAGCAGUUUGGCUCGUGGCCCCUGCACCGCAUGAUUGGUCUCUUGCGGAGCGAUGAUUUGGUGGCGGAACAUGAGGAGGAGGUCUUGGCCGCCGUGAUGCACUGGCACCGCAGUGGUCCCCACCGGGACGACGCCACCGCCGCUUUGCUGCAGAUGGUGCGCUUCACCCUACUCUCGGCGGAAGCCUUGCAGGGCCUUGGCAGCCGAGAAGGCCUGACUGGAUUGCCUGGCGUUGUCAUGAGCCGCCUGGCCGCUGCAGCGCUGAAAGUGCACCAGGGCAUGGGUGAUCCACGGGAGCGUCCCGAAACCCCGGAAGAGGCAUCCUACAUGAAAGCCGUGAAGUUGCGGAACUCUUACCCCUAUUGGUGGGCGGAUUUCGGCUGCUCCCUGCGGGGCGGGAUGGUCAUCGCCGAGCGCAGCGGGCAGUACGGCGAGGGCGAACUGGAGCCCUGGGCGGUGCACAUCCACGACCAGGCGCUCUACAUCAUCGAUGGGCGGGAGCCUUGCUGCGUGCUUCAGUGGCCCUUGGGAGCCUUAUCUGGACGUGUGGUGGUGGGCACUGGCAGCACGCUGAACGGUGUGAAUGACUUUUCCGACAUCAUUGACAUUGCCAUUGACGCCAAUGGCGAUUUGUUUGUCUUGGAUGGACAGCACGGACGCAUCGUGAGGAUCCGCGACGGUGUGGGGGAGGUUGUGGGCGACGGGGUCCUUUCGUUGGACGUGGGAACCCGCGCAUUGUACAUAGGCACUGAUGGCUCCAUCUACUUCAUCGAUGAGGGCGGCUCACGCGUGCAGAGGUACUACCAGGGCAUGACGGUGCCGGUGGCUGGUGGGCCGGAGUCCGGCGAUGGCGCCUCGCAACUGGAGGAUGCCGAGGACAUCUUCGUCACCAAAGAUGGUGUUUUGUAUGUGUCGGACAGCGGGAACAACCGCAUCCAGAAGUGGCUCCCGGGCGCCACGAGCGGGGUGACCGUGGCGGGCGGCCAUGGGAAGGGAUCGCGCUGUGAUCAACUCCAACAUCCAGUUGGCCUGCAUGUCACUGAGGAUUCCACCAUCUACAUCGCGGACUACCAGAAUCACCGAGUCAUGAAGUGGAAGGAAGGCUGGCAGUACGGCCUGGUGGUUGCUGGUGGUCAUGGUGUUGAUUCUGGGCUGCACCAGCUUUGCGAGCCCAUUGACGUGACCAUGGACGCGCAGGGCGCCCUCUAUGUGGCCGACAACGGGAAUGCUCGAGUGGUCCGUUGGGCGGCACCCUGUGCGCCCUAUGAGCGCAUCCUGCCGUGUGCCAGUGGUUUCUGAGGGACCGAGCCACCGCGUUGCGCCUUGCAGGCCGCAGGCCGCGCCUUGGUGUUCGUUGAGAAGAAAGCGGAACAAAGCAGUCUGCAGUUUCACAUGAUUUAGAAUCCACCCUGUGGCGGUUUCCGCGGAAUCCAGGCCUCCACGGUUCAGGAAGCAGUGUUUCGGAGGUUCUCGGAGGUCACUCCGCAUGGCUUAGGCAUCAGCCGUUUCAGCCAUGUUGCUGUAUCCUUCUUUUGCUGAAGCCCAGGUUUGGAGCAUCGUUUUUCC